UAAAAAAAAAAUAAAAAUGAAGGGUCCUGCAAAUUUUGGGAUGGUUAUGGUGUUAGUUUUUGGUAUAAUCAUGGCGUCAAGCACAGCAGUUCAAUGUGCUGUUGUUUUCGGCAUUAAUAUUAAUUUUAAGAAAAUGAUGGGAGGAGGAGAUGUCCCAAUGUCAUCUAAUCUUGGACCUGUUUCGGCACCUGCUCCGGCUCCGGCUCCGGCUCCUGGUCCUUUAAGUUCUAGGCGUUCUGGUCCAUUUUUGUCGUCUACUUCUUCUGCUUCUGGUUUAGUUAUUGGGUUUUAUAAUGAUAAGUGUAAUUCUGAUAUUGAAGAAAUUAUUGAAACUUUGACUCUUGAAGAGUUUGAUAAUGAUCCUACUAUUUUACCUGCCCUUCUUCGCCUCCAAUUUCAUGACUGUUUUGUCCAUGGUUGUGAUGCAUCCAUCCUCAUUAACGGAACAUCAACAGAGAAGACAGCGGGUUCUAACCUUAGCGUUAGGGGAUAUGAAUUCAUUGAACGACUAAAGACUGUCGUUGAAGCAGAAUGUCCUGGAGUUGUUUCUUGCGCUGAUAUUAUUGUUAUUGCUACUAAAGUUGUCAUUAAGCUGGGAGGUGGACUUGAUUUUCCUGUAGAAACAGGACGAAGGGACGGACUCGUUUCGAACGCCUUAGAUGUGGAUCUUCCAAGCCCGAGUAUGACCAUUGACCAAGCUUUUGAAAUGUUUGCUCGUAAAAACUUCACCCUCGAGGAAAUGGUUGUCCUUCUUGGUUAUCACGCAGUUGGAAUUACACACUGCAAUUUCUUCCAACCCCGAAUAUUCGAAGGCAGUAACCUAUUCGACCCACUGAUGGACCAAAGCCUUGCUGGAAUACUUAGGCAGCUAUGUCCGCAAGGUGCACCAACAAACAAUGAGACACCAUUGAAUCAAGACCCAACCAACAACAACACUUUAAACAAUGGUUUCUACAAUCAGCUAAUUGCCAACCGUGGAAUCCUUGCACUCGACCAAUUAUUGUCAAGAGAUCCUCGUACUUCUCCUAUUGUUGCUGCAUUGGCUCAAAACAUUACCUUGUUUCAGAUUAGAACUGCACAAGUUAUGAUUAAGUUGCAAGCUGUUGAGGUUCUUACUGGUAAUGAAGGCGAAAUCAGGAAGGUCUGCAGCAAAUUUAACAACUGAUCACAUCUUUGUCUACACCUAUUCCUAUUCGAUCCACCAUACUAAUUCAUUAUUUGUUGAUUUUGGAGAAUUUUUUUAUUUUGUAUGUCAAAUUUUGGUCAUAAUUGAUUAAAUUAUUAUCGAUUCAUGCGUUCU